AUGUGUCCGUCAGACCUCCAACAGCUGUGGAAGGAGGUUUCGGGGGUGCAGAGCAGUGAGGAAGCCCUGAAACAGGCAGAGGGCCUGGACUUGAGCACUAACAGCUCCAAUUCUACCUCAGCCUUCCCCAAAGCUGCAAGCGCUCACAUCCCACUGCACAGCCUGAUCAACGGACAAAGCCACACCCCAAAGCGAGACAGAGCCAGACUGUUUGAGUGGAUAUCCAGCUUCACCAAGUCAGACAGCGGAGAUGACCAUGUCCCCUUUUACCCCAAAGGCGGCCAUCCCAUCAGCAGCCAUCAUGAGGAACAUGCCAGCUCCCAUCCUCUCUACGGCCAUGGAGAGUGCAAGUGGCCUGGCUGUGAAGCACUGUGUGAGGACAUGGGACAGUUCAUCAAGCACUUGAACAAUGAGCACGCCCUAGAUGACCGCAGCACUGCUCAGUGUCGAGUCCAGAUGCAGGUGGUUCAACAACUGGAGAUUCAGCUGACGAAAGAGAGCGAGCGACUCCAGGCCAUGAUGACCCACCUGCACAUGCGCCCCUCAGAGCCAAAGCCUUUUAACCAACCUCUGAACCUGGCUUCAAGUGGCUCUCUGUUAAAGCGGGACAGCGAUAUCUACCCAGAGGGUCUUCCUCACCCUCCCACCUCAGCUGCCACCCCUAUAACCCCACUGCGCCAGGGUCCCUCAGUCAUCAGCUCCUCCAGCCUGCACACACACUCCCACUCCCACUCCCACACACACGGUGUUGGGCCCAUACGUCGGCGCAACUCAGACAAGUACUGCACCCCCAUCGCCUCAGAGCUGGCUCAGAAUUGUGAGUUCUACAAGAACGCUGAUGUCAGGCCACCCUUUACCUACGCCUCUCUUAUACGUCAUGCCAUUCUGGAGUCCCCAGACAGACAGUUGACUCUCAAUGAGAUCUACAACUGGUUUACACGCAAGUUUGCCUAUUUCAGGAGAAACACAGCCACAUGGAAGAAUGCUGUGCGCCACAACCUGAGUCUGCACAAGUGUUUUGUUCGCGUUGAGAACGUGAAAGGGGCUGUGUGGACUGUGGAUGAAGUUGAAUACCAAAAGAGGAGACCACCAAAGAUGACCGGAAGUCCCACUCUGGUGAAAAACAUGAUUUCGGGCCUGGGCUUUGGAUCCCUAAACGCCAGCUACCAGGCGGCUCUGGCAGAGAGCAGUCUGUCCCUGCUGAACAGCCCUUCCCUGAUGAGCCCAUCUGCGGCCAGCCUCAACAUGCUGCAUGUGGGCCACGAUGAUGUUAGCUCUACUGUGGAGCAGGUCAACAGUAACGGUAGCUGCAGCCCCACACUCAGCCCUCACCAGUACAGCCACCAGGUGCAUGUGAAGGAGGAGCCCACUGAUCUGGAUGAGGACAGUCGUUCAGUAUCCCUAAUGGCUGGCAUUACACACAACCUGCCAUUGCCGAGCGACGAGCGUGAUCUGGAUGAGGAUCUUCCCACUGAGGACCUGGAGUAG